CUGUCUAAAAUGUAACCUUGUCAAUUAUAACCGACGCACAAAUAAUGUUAUUUUUAUAUUCAUAUUGAUCGUGUUGAUAAAAAUGCUUAAUUUUGACAAAAUGUCACCAAAUUACUUAUAAAAUGAAUAAAUUGGUUAAAUUUAAUUAUUAUAUAGAAUCUAAUGAAGUGCCUACAUUUCCAUGUGAUACCGUUCAAAACCUAAGGCAAGCUGUUUUAGCACCGGUGGUUUAUAAACCAAAUAUUCAGCAGGCCUUAAAACGGAUAAAUUUUAAAUUUCAUAGAACCUGUAGCUUUUCCAAUUUAGUUCGGGAAUGUAAUGUGGCGGAGGGACAAACUUUAUUAAUUUUUUGGGGACCGAGGAAUUCUGACAGCAGGAUAACAAUAAGUAUGUCAGCUUCUAGCUGCUCGUCCCUUCAUAUGUCUAAUAACGGCAACACACAAAGGGAAAGAGAUCUGCGAUCAACAGCUCAGCAAACAGAAAUAAGUUGUCGUUAUUCACCCGGCAUUGGUUCACCAGUAAAUAUAACGGAUAGUGAAGAACAACGUCAACUGCGAGCCUGCAUCGCUGACUCUCUUACCUUCUCCUCGCCAGCCUCGUCUUUACUGCAACCAAACAGACGCUCUGUCUCUAUACUUGGUUCCGUUUGUGCACUAUUGCUCAAUAAACAGGGAUCGGGACCCAAGGAGUUGAGCGAGUCAGGCAGUCGUUCGGACAAUAUUUGUCGCAUCUGCUUCGGUGGAGCGUCGGGUGAAAGGCUGGUGAAGCCGUGCUCGUGCCGCGGGACCAUCGCCGCCGUGCACCGCUCGUGCCUGGAGCGCUGGCUGCUGCAGGCCGCCACCUCCUACUGCGAGCUGUGUCGACACCACUACGUCGUCACGAGGAGCCACAAAUGGUCGUGGGCGCGGUCGGUGAUGGAGUGGGCGCGCUCGGGACGCGGCGCCGCCCUGGCCGCGGACGCGUGGCGCGGAGCGGCGCUGGGUGCAGCCUCGGUGCUGGGGACGGCCCGCGCGCUGCACGCCUGUGACGCCGCGCUGCAGGCCGGGGCACGCCGCGGAGGCGCCGCCGCCCUCGCCGCCAACCUCUUCUCCUCACUGCUUAUCGGUAUCAUUGGCGCUCUCAACGGUCUGUUGACGACGUGGAUGCUACUAAAGAUCCAGGAGCACCAGAUGUCGUGGCGAGCGUGGCGGGACAGCACCCUGCACGUACAUGUGGCGCUGGAGGACGCCACGUCGGAAGACACGGCCUCCCAGGAGACCGUUGUGGCAGAUGGCGGCAGACUGAGGUCGGACAGGGGACAGAGGCUGGGAGAAGAGAGAGACCUCACUGCGGACAUGGCGACCAACAUAACAGACCCCUUCAUGGUGGCUCUGCCCUUCACGUUACCGGAUCCCUGAAGCUGCUCCCUACAGACAGACAUCGAUGUCCAAAUACGUUAUUGAUAUCAGAAGAACACCCCACAUCCAAGAUGUCUCUCGCGUUUGUGUAUUUCGUGAUAUCGACUGUAGCCUUAAUUCUACUGCUGCUGAUGUCAGUGGCGAUACUGCGGCUGAGACAGACCUCUAUAUGCUAAGCGAAUGACGAAAAAAUGGACACGAUUGAUAUGAAAUAAAAUUCCAAUAAAAUGUUAAUUAUUUUUAUUGCAAUAUAUCCAUAUAAAUUAAUAUUUUAUAUUAUCGGUUACAUAAAAGUCAGCGGACAAUUAUUGGAAGCGGUUAAAUGUCACAUUUUAAAAGGGUUAGAUACAUAAUAGUGAAGUGAGCUCGGCUGUACACUGGGCGACACGGGCAUACGACUCGCUUAUGUAGACGAAUAAGUGGAGGCGAUCCCCGCUCAGUACAGUGUCGUUAGUGUUAGACGAUCGAACCAUACAAAAAUACAAUAUCGGACUAUACUCUACGACGUAUAUUUAAUCGUUAGUCAAUCUUA